AUGCCGACUUCACUUCUUAAAAGUAUCGUCAACAGUGCAAACCUCCGUCAGAAGCGAACAGCCUUCCGAAACGCUCAAUAUCCAGUUACCAUCUGGAAGAAUGGCGUCCCUUUCGCUUUCCACAGAAGUCUGAAAGCUGCUGGACGACGAUCAGUUCUGGCUGCAAUUCAGUUCUUCAGACAUCACACUUGCAUUCGCUUCAAGAGGCGAAAGAGAGAGAAGGUUUAUUUGCUUUUCACUGGACAUGAUGAGGGCUGUUGGAGUACGGUAGGAAGAGAUCCAUGGCAACAACAGCAGCUCAUUUCCAUUGGCCCUGGAUGCGAACCUUUUGGUAUCUCGUCCCACGAAGUCGCGCAUGCCUUGGGCUUGUUCCAUGAGCAAUCCCGAUACGACAGAGAUAAUUGGAUUACCGUAUACCCUGGAAGGGUUCCUCAGUCGUUCCUUUACAAUUACGCUAAGGUGGGCCGGAGACAAAUGUCACCCUACGCAACACCGUAUGAUAUCGGAAGCGUCAUGCAUUACACUCCAUUCGAGUACGUUCCGGUCGAUGAUCGCCAAGAAUAUCAACGAACAAUCGAGUAUGGGCCAAUUGGCAGGACCAUCAUUCGCCGAUAUUCGAAAACUGAACAAGCACUACGGUUGCGGCGGUGA